AUGUCCGAUACAUUAUACAAUCAGCCCAUAGUCAUAGACAAUGGAUCCGGCAAUAUUAGGGCAGGUUUUGCGGGUGAUGAUCGUCCAAAGAUUAAUUACUCAAAUAUAAUAGGGUCGCCGAAAUACACAAAAGUAAUGCCGUCAUCAAUUUCCGAAAAUGACACUUUUAUAGGAAGCAAAGCACAGAAACUGAGGGGCCUUUUAAGGUUACGGUAUCCCAUCUCACAUGGUGUUGUUACAAAUUGGAAUGAUAUGGAAGACAUAUGGAACGAGGUCAUAACAAGGCUAGAUUGUAAAGCAGAAGAACACCCAUUGUCAAUAACUGAAGAACCAUUGAAUCCACGGUCUAAUCGCACAAAGAUGUGUGAAACAUUAUUCGAGACGUUUAACUUUCCAACAAUUCAUAUUGCAAUGCCAGCUGUUCUUUCCUUAUACUCCACAGGAAGAACUUCGGGUACAGUAGUUGAUUGUGGAGAUGGAGUGACAACGAUUGCUCCGGUAUACGAGGGCUUUUCAAUUCCAGGAUCCAUAAAGAGGAUGAAUAUAGGGGGGAGAGAUAUCACACGCUAUCUACAACUAGAACUCUUGAGAUCAGGUUAUUGCAUGAGCUCUUCGUCUGAGUUUGAAAUUGUUAGAAGCAUGAAGGAAAGGUUGGGCUUUGUUUUACCGGAUACAAACAUAAACGGUGUUGGUGAUUCACAUGAAGGGAAAACGCGAAUCAACGACUUUUUGAUGUAUGACUCAACGGCUAAGGCUCGAGAGUUUAAGCUACCUGAUGACAAGGUGAUAAAGAUAAGUGAACCGGCUCUUUCUCGACCGUGCGAGUUGCUAUUUGAACCGGAAGCUGCAGGAUUUGAGGAUAUACCUGUGCAGGAUGCUAUUUAUUGGGCUAUAACAAAGACAGAUACAGAUCUUCGUGGAAAGCUCUUUGAAAAUAUCGUUUUAAGUGGUGGUUCAACACUUUUUAAGAAUUUCGGCACACGACUAUUGAACGAGUUACUGAAAAUUAAUAAAUCAGUAAAGAUGAAGAUAUAUGCAUCUCCCGAUAGAAAAAUAAGCUGCUUUGUGGGCGGAUCGAUUCUUGCGAGCUUGAGUACUUUUAAAAAUGUCUCAAUUUCCAAAGCCACAUACCUAGAAGACCCAUACUGCAUACAUCAUAAGUUCAUGUGA